CAGCAGCACCAUCUGCACCUGUCCUGCACACACUACCACAACGAAACUCCGCAGGCGCAGUAUACAACCGACCAAGCAACAGUCUUUGUUGGAACAACGCCACAGCUGUUUUGACCUCGCGUCAACCGUGAACUCGACGUUUGAUGCUGUGCUUCUGCUACAGCAGCACUAUUCACUAUGGACGUCGCCAAUAGCGACGGCGUUGUUCACCGCUUCAAUGCUGAGCUACCCUACAAGGAAAGGCUUCCUGCAGAGAACGAGCAUCUUCUGUCCGAAGUCAAAGAAGCCCUUGCUUCCUUUGCUGUCCAUGGCGACGUUCGACGAGUCCUCCAAGCGUGUUCAGGUUUGACGAGGAUGCGGUGGCUGAAGUACGCCGUCGACGACUCCUCGAGGCUGCUCAUUGCGCAGUCGCUGUACAGUCUAACCUUUCCCGCGGAAGGCGAGGGGAAGCCUCUGCCGUGGCAGUGCAGCAACAAGGCCAUGCUCGCCCUGGGGUCGCUUUUGGGCCAAAAGCAAGGCCGGCUCUCGCUCGCUGAAAGACUGGUGCUGCCGUGGCGCCCGAUGCUGGCCGCCCUCGAAGCGUGCGCUUUGAGAGGCUUCCCGACUGGCUCGAACAUGACGGAGAGAUCCAGACUGCUCGCGCUGCAGUAUCUGCUCCGGCGAGCGCGGCGCUACUGGGGCCCUGGCGCGGAUCGCGAGAUCUGGGACGAGUUCAAGGAGGAGAUAGCCCAGGUGCACGCGCAAGGCGCGUUCAAAGCGCUCUAUCUGUUUGUUGCGUUCAUGCCGUCCGCUCGCUCAAGCCUCUUUGACGAACUUCUGCCUUCUUGGUUCAGUCUUUGGGGACAAGUCGACCACUGUCCAGCGUGGGACGGAGCUUGGCUGACCCUCCUGUGUCGUGCGAGAAAGUACGCCUCCGCUUCGUUCGAUUGGACCCCGUACAUGGCGGACAUUUACAGCUCCGCUCGCGCAAGCAUCCACACGCCGGUAUCCAUGGGCGAUGCAGGUUCGGCCCCGCCCAUAAGGAGCCGGCGAGUGGCCUACCAGUAUGGCGUGCUCGCUCCGACGGGCUCUACCUCUCGCGGGACGAAGCUCAAGAAGCUGUCGAAGUUUAUGGUGUUCCUGCUCGGCAAGGGUGGAUCGGCAGAAGUUGUUAAAGUGUCAGAUGUGUCAAUCGUUCCCCCGGCAGGGGAAGGCAUCGGCGGCGCUCAAGACGGCCACGAACGUGGCGUCCAAAGAACGGUUUCUCCUGGAGCGCUGAACCUCGUAUCGCUCUUCCGCGGCCUGAGGACAUAUUUCCAUCCUAGCAACGGUGGUCGGUGGUCCUUGGAGAUGGGGUGGAUGGUCAACUACGUGCUCAAGAGCUUGGCCGCUCGCGUGGGCGGAGAGAAUGUUCUCCGGGAGCUAGGGCACACCCUCCCGCCCGGGGAGCUUACUCAGGAUGAUGCCGGAUUGGUGAUCGAUGCCCUGCUGCCGUUGGUCCUCGAGAUGGUCUACUCGAAGGAUCCCUCUGUGGGGUCGCUUUCGAACAUGUGCUUGGCGACUCUGGCGUCCCUGAGCCCGAAAACGGUGGCACCUGCGGCAGUGGAGCUAGUCCUCCGGGCGUUGGACCCUGUGGCUUCUAUCAACCACACACACCAGGCUCCGGCAGCGAUCCGCGCGAUGACCUGUAUCUUCCGCCCGCUUAUGCACCCGCGGCCCUACCUGGCACCGUACUUGCCGGCGAUUCUGGAGCUCACGCUACCAGGCCUGGACUCGAGCGAUGUGUUCAAGACGUCUGUGACCCUUCAACUCUAUCAUUUGAUCCUUUGCUGGAUUCCUGUCCUGGGCAGUCCCACCAGUUACUCUGAAGGUGCUCUCGACGACUGGAAACCUGCUCCGUGUUCGUGGCUGGACUCCGCCGAAGAAGGUCGAACGGAUGAGCACGAGCUGCUAUACGAAGCGUGCGAAGGGCUAGGCGGUGUGAUGCUGGAGUGGUCAGCUACUUUCCUUGAUCGGCUGUUCGAGGUUCUGCGCCACAAAGAUAAGUUCUCCAAGCUGAAACCAGGAGAUCUUGCUUCCGACACGAUGGGCGUGGCGGAUGCCAUGACACGCGGUGGUGCCAACGGAGGGAUGCUUUCGGCCAUGCUUGGCGGGGGUGGUACCGAAGCAUUCGUCGUCAGUCUGAUCAGGUUGGUCACGGAGCAGCUGUUUACCAUGGCGGAUGAACCCGCGGCGGACAUGGCCUCUGCCAAGGUACUCCGGUUUGUGACUGACCGCUCCCUCCCGAACGUCGAGAAGGAUGUCGCGGGUGUGGUGGAAAUGAUGGCCUCCGCCCGGCCGGCGAAAAGCGUUUCGGUGUUCUUCCCGGCGUUGUGUGAUGGCCUUCUCGCCCCUAGCAUGAUAUCCAGUAGCUCUCCCGUGUUAUCGCCGGGCGUCUCGCCCGUACUCCUGCGAUGGCGCUUUCAACUCCUCUCGGGGCUGGCGAGGGGAGCCGGUGCCGCGCUCGCCCCUCAUGGGCCUGCGCUUCGUAGCCUGAUUGCGGCCGGGGUGUCUCACAAGGACAAGAGGGUCCGCAAGGGCGCACGCAAGCUGCUGCGCAAGGCUCUGCUCGGUCUGUGCGAGUUGAAGCCUGCCGACACGCGCUCGUUGCCGCCUUCGCGAUGGGCGCACGUCCACAGCGUUGUGGAGUGGCGCAGGUUGUGUGAACCUCUUCCCGCAGGCGAAGCCGACACUGUGUGGGUCGAACCCAACCAGGAGGGCCUGUCUCUUGCGGCUGUGCUCCUGGGAGACUUUCUGGAGCGACCGAUGCGAGAGCUGAUGACCGAGCUGGAGAGCACGCGUGGCGCGGCGAAGCCUGAUCUCCCCGCCGGACAAACUGCGGUCAAGGCAAGCGUCUGGCGAGAGCACCUCAAGACAAUGGAGUACGCCUUUCGGGGAGGUGUGUGCUUGCUCGGAGACCGCGGUACACCGGGAGAAGACGACGAGGGCGACGGGUCAGGCGACUUCCUUCGCGACGACGUCUACCUUGCGGUAGGUGGCCGGGUCCUCUCGCGCUUGCUUGCCGCAAAGGAUGGGCCAAGACUGUACAGAACGGUGGCCGGGUUGCGUGCGGAAGUCGCUAGUUUCAUGAACGCUGCGCUGGAGGCUUGUGCGCAAGAGAAGGGGCCUGCAGACGUCAAGUCGGCCAAGCUAGCGGUCCGCUUGUCGCAACGCAUCGCUGGCACGCGGGGGGCCAAGGCGCACCAGGCUCGGAGACAGUCGUCCGCCAUCGCUACCUUCAAGUCUCAGCAGCGAGACGUCUUGCAAGAUGCUGCGCGAAAGAUGCGGUUCACCCUCGCCGUUGAAGCAGCGGCGGCGGACGGUGAAACCUCUGCCGCCUCCGCAGGGCGCCGCGCGCUUGAGUUUGGAGGUACGGGCGGGGUGCAGGCGUGUUCCCGAGCUAUGGUCGUCGCCCGAGCCAACGUGCAGCACUGGAAGAGACUCGGCAUUGCACCUCGGUCGCUGGCUUUUGCUGCCAAGAGCGCCGCCAACUCUUUGACGGACGUCCCAAACGAGGCAGAAAGCAGCGGCGGCAGCAGCGCCGGCGCUGGAAGAGCUCCGUGGCCCGCGGCGUCAGCGGUGUUGGGUAGGUACCGCGCGCUGUUCUCUUCCCUUAUGACGCUCUCGUCGUCAGAAUACGCCAUGGUUCGAGCCGCUGCGCAAGUCGGAGUAAAUAACAUUGGAGGCGUGUUUCCGUGGUUCGCUCGUGAAGCCGUUCCGGGGCUCAUCAGCUGCCUUUCGCUUGGGGACCAGCCGGACGGGAACUACGGGGCUGGCGAGGACGCGGCCCACCGAAGGCUAACCGGGGCGUGCUACUUGCUACAUCAGAAUCGGAGCAUGAGGCAUGUCGUGUCGAAGUUGGGCCUCUCGAGGUCUCUCCUGCUCGCCCUUUGCGAUUCGCAGUCCGUGCUGGCGCGCCUGCCUACGGACAAGCAGGAGAAGGCUGCGGCGCGGGUGACCAUCCUGUUCACGACGUACGUGUCGAACUGGGGGUCGAACCCGCUCGUGACGGAAGAUGACCGGUCAGAAUACGAUGCGCUUCUCAGUGGCCUGCUCGAACGUCUGGCGGCACUCAACGGCUCGGCCCCUGCCGCCGGCGGGGGUUGGCGCUAUCAGCUCCUUGCCUCUUGGUGCCUCAUGCAUCUCAUUCGUCCUACCGUCCAGCCACCAUUGGCGGUGUGGCGAUACUACAGCGAGUGCCUGUCAACAGGUGGCGACGGGCAGCCUCUUCAGAGACUCGCCCUCGGAGCGCUUACACGGCUGCUUGCCGUCUUUGAUCCGGCGCUACCAGGGGCCGUCGACGUGUCCAGGCUUCUGUCUUCGAAGGCGUUUCUCCACGCGUUCCUCCCGGCGCUCGCGUACAAUCACCAGAAGCAGGCAACGGAGGGUGGGCCGACUGGCGGGGAGCAGUGGAGUCUGGGGGUUAAGGAGAUCUUGCGGGAUGCCGGGCGCGGAGACACCCGAGAGCUGUUCCCCCGACUCCGGUUCGCGGCGCGAUCCCCCCUGUUCUGGGCUCGUAACGCCAGCCUCGUAAGCGCCGUCGUGUCGGCGGUCGGCGACGAAGGCCGAGCAGGGUGCACUCGCAUUCUGUUGGAGGAAGCCACGGCGGCGAAAGCGGAAACGGCUCAUGAAGACAAGCGCUCGUUUGACUGCGCCGCUGCGGAAGUGGCCGCGGGUGUGCUGGCCAUCCUCGCCGGACCCAAGGGCUGGAACGGCGGCGAAGAGGUGCUGCGGGACACGGUCCUGCCGUUCGUGGAGACAACUCUGGAAGGGGUUAGCCUUGAAGGCCGUCUUGAUUGGACUGACGCCAUCCGCUUCGCUCUGGACCGAAGUACUCCGGAGGGGUGUGAGCCCCUGGUGUCGAUGGUGGUAGAACGGGCUAAGGUCGUGCUGCAAGACGGCGGCAAAGGACGCGACGAUUAUUCUGUGCUCGUGGCGUGGCUGAGCUUUUUGGGAGCAGUGAUGAUCGAGCUGUCGGGGCGCCAAGCACCAUCAGAAAAAGCUGCGAGCAUCGCCAAGGAGAUGUGUCCGCUGUUGGUCGAGGGGCUCGACCACCCGUUCAAGGCUUGCAGAGAGGAGAUCGCCAGGAAUCUCUUUUUGUGUACGCAUGUCACCGAUUCUGCGUGGGCCGCGGGCAUGGCCGACGAAGUUCGGGAAUCUAUCAUCGCCGAGGCGGCUACGGUCGAGCAAGUCAAUAGCGGGGACGGAGAACAAGAGGUGGCAAGCGCAAUCGCGGCGCUAUCGGUCGCGGACGAACCCGACGUAGAGGAGAAAGCGGACAGUGCGCUUCUCGCCAGCGCGAUGGCCAUGUCAGACGGCGCCCUGACCGCCAAGCAAGAGGAGGCGGCUAGUCGUGCGGCGAAGCAUCUAUCGCUGCGGAGGGAAACAGUGCUGCAGUGGCUUCACCAGACUGCAGGCGCAGGCGACCACGUCAGAUACCUGCCGGUCCUCGUGGCUCUCCUGCCCGUGGCUCUACGGUGCACUCGCGACUCCAACGCGGAGGUCGCGGGCAUGGGUCGUGGCACUUGCCUGUCGAGCGCUGCUGCCCUCGCCGUCCGCAGCCCGAAGGGGGAAAGCCCCGACGACGGCCCAACUACGGUGGGCGGCGUAAUAAACGCCGUGCUCGCGGCGUGCUCGUCGCAGUCGUCCUGGAGGGUCCGGCGCGGCGCAGCUGCAGUGGCUUGCGUCCUGCAAACGAGACUGCACUUCGUCCUGACGGACGCACAGCACGGCGCCGUGGACGCUACUGUCGUUUCCCUGUUGGGAGACGACCGGCGAGAGGUCCAGGAGACCGCUCGCCUGGCCCUGUCGACCAGGGUGGCCCACCUCACCGCCAAACAGGCGCGCGCGCUCUGCGAAACUUUCGCCGCCGGCGCCGACAGCGCGGCGGCCAGCAGGAAGAAGCGGAGAAGGGUCGCGAAGCGCCAGGCCGCGGCGGGAGGCAGUGGCGUGGUCGUGACCGCGGGGGAGCCGUCGGGCGUGAUGCAAGAGCAGCAGAGGAAUGUGCUGGGAUUGUCGGCUGUGGUGCUGGCGGCUCCGUGCGACACCCCGCCGUGGGUGCCUGGGGCUCUGGAGAGCCUCGCCAAACACGUCAACGACGAAUCUCCCGGUAGACUUCCUGUGCGCCAGACGGUGACGCACACAUUCAAGGAGUUCCGUCGCACCCACCAGGACAAGUGGGAGGAAAGCCACAAGGCACGAUUCUCGCGGGACCAGCUCGACACGUUCGACGAUGUGCUCGGGGGCGCCCACUCGUACUUCAUCUGAGGCCGUCGUCGACGAGUCGUAUGGAUAGCCGGGGUACUGAGCGCAUCCUUGUAAUUUUGUUUAUGCUGUCGAGAAGUUGCCGCGGGUUUGUCAGCCUUUGGGAAGUGCCGGUCUUUUGGGCAUACCGCAGUCUUUUUCGUGUCCCUAACUUGUGCGGAGCCGCUCACGGUUUGUGCAUAGCCUUGUUGUCAGUAGUCAGGCCUCCCAUUGGAACCCACUCCCGCUCCCCAAUUCCGUUCCUUUUCUAGAGAUCGAUUUUUUUAUUGGUUUGUUUUGCCACGUUUUCAUGACGAAUGAUGUAGUUGGAAGAAGCCGUGUGUGGUUCACCAUUCUGCAGCCUUGAGACGCAGCAGCACUCUUUCAGUGCAUCCAUUUGAGUCGUAGAUAGGCCCUAGAGCUGAGCUUUUCUGAAUUCCUGGGUUAGACGGUGUAUAGCGAUAAACGAUGGGAUCGAACGAUGUUGCAUAUUCGCGAUGCCGCAAGCUUGUAGGAUCGACCAAGUCAAGAACUUAGAGAUGAGGUUCCACGCUGGAUGUGAAACUAUCUCAUUACAGAGGUGUUUGUUGCAUUUGAGUUGGUGUGGGGCUUUUGCAUGAGUUGUAUGAUACGUGGGCGAAUUGAGAUUUUCGACGCGUGCCUUUUUGUGGGAGCACUUGAUUGUCUCACGCGUUCCCCCUAACAUUUUGUUGGACGGGAGGGCAUCGUCCACCGCCCCUGAUGUUCGGCACUGCCAUGCUGUGGAAGCCAUUUUUUUCUAUGUGCGGGUAGACAUGACGUACCACAGUACGUUCACAUAUAAUUGUUGUGUGCCCGGAGUGUCUCUCGUGCUCGAUAUCGAGCGUCAUUCUUCGAAGUCCACAUGGUAGAGCUGCAUUACGUAGUUGAUUGCAUGGAGGUCUUGCGCUGCGUUUUGGGAAUGCCGAAUAGGGAGAGGGCGCUUGAGAGAAGUCGACCGCACAAACCAACGCUCGACCAAUCAGAGUGGGCGCACAAUCAAGUGGUAGAUGGGAAGAGUCACGAACAGACCGUAAUCACUACUGUUACAUGGCGUGUGGAAUUGUGUUUGCAGGGUAUUAUUCCUUGUCUAUUAUAACAUGCGUAUGUGCUUGUCUUAUAUCUGGCAGGCACCACGAACGCAUCAACCACCCGGAUAAGAAUUCAUUCUAGAAGCUGGACACCA